GCCCAUCGGCGACUGCAGCGGCGGCGGCGGAGAUGGCGCACCGGCUGCUCCGGGACGCUCAGGCGGACGGCUGGGAGCGGUCGGACUUCCCCAUCAUCUGCGAGUCAUGCCUCGGCGACAACCCCUACGUCCGCAUGUUGAAAGCAGAUUAUGACAAGGAAUGUAAAAUCUGUGCGCGCCCUUUUACUGUUUUCCGUUGGAGACCUGGUCGGGAUGCAAGGUAUAAGAAGACAGAGAUCUGCCAGACGUGCUGCAAGUUGAAAAACGUCUGCCAGGUCUGCCUGCUAGACCUUGAGUAUGGUCUACCGGUUCAGGUUCGGGAUACUGCGCUCGCCAUCAAUUCGAAUGACGCAAUUCCAAGGAGUGAUGUCAACCGUGAGUACUUCGCAGAAGAGCAUGAUCGCAAGGCUGCAGCUGGCAUAGACUAUGAUUCUUCAUAUGGAAAGGCCCGUCCAAAUGAUACCAUUCUGAAGCUUCAGAGGACAUCACCGUAUUACAAGAGGAACCGAGCUCAUGUUUGCAGUUUCUUUGUGCGCGGUGAAUGUACUAGAGGCGCCGAGUGCCCAUACCGCCAUGAGAUGCCUGAGACUGGGGAGUUAUCCCAGCAGAACAUCAAAGAUCGUUACUAUGGCGUUAAUGAUCCAGUUGCCAUGAAACUUUUGGGUAAGGCAGGUGAGAUGCCAUCCCUGGCACCACCCGAUGAUGAGACUAUAAGGACCCUCUACAUUGGUGGACUUGAUAACAGAGUCAGUGAGCAGGAUUUGAGGGAUCAGUUCUAUGCACAUGGUGAGAUUGAAUCCAUCAGGAUGGUAAUCCAACGUGCUUGUGCAUUUGUGACAUACACAACAAGAGAAGGUGCUGAGAAAGCUGCAGAGGAGCUUGCAAACAAGCUAGUUAUCAAGGGUGUGCGCCUGAAGCUCAUGUGGGGCAAGCCUCAAGCACAAAGGCCAGAUGGUGAUGAUGCUGGGAGGCAAGGUCAUGUUUCCCAUGGAGGGUUGCUCCCUAGGGCAGUUAUAUCUCAGCAACAUAGUGGCGACCAGCCUCAGCCUCCUGGGAUGGAGGGCCAGCAUCAAGUGGCGCCAACAUCGCACUACUUCAAUAUCCCAGCACCUCCAGGAGCGGAGCAGCGGAUGUACCCUUCAAUGGACCCCCAGAGGAUGGGUGCUGUAGUCAGGUCACAAGAGGGCGAUGGCAAACCAGGGCCACAGCAUGCCGGGCAAGGUCAGCCAUCAAGCAGCUCGGGACAGGGCUAUCCUAUGCGGCCGCCGGCACCUUACUACCCUGGUGGUCAGCAGUACCCUCCGUACUACCCACCAUAUGGUGGCGGUUACAUGCCUCCACCUCGCAUGCCGUACCCGCCCCAGUAUCCUCCGUACCAGCCAAUGCUGCCGCAGCCAGCACAACCACAAGUGAGCUCAUCCCAGCAGCCAGCAACACCAGGGCAGCAGCAGACUCAGGCCCCUCCUACUCAGCAGCCAGCCGCCCAGAACUGAAGUCCUCUAUUAGAAAUGUUGAACUGAAGGCUAUUGUAACUCCUGCUGGUUACCAGCCUUUUGUAUUCCAAAUUUGUGAUUAGCAGUGAACGUUUGCAGUAGUAUUGUUUAUCUGAAUCUAAAGCUGACAGCUAUACUGGAUUUAUCCGGCCUACAAGAUUUUGUUUUGUCAAUUUGGAAAUUCCUCUUUACCCCC